AUGUCUGACCCAAGCAACGCCGAUGCCUCUACAGCUACUGCCAGCACUAGCAAGAACAACAUCGAGCCAUCCAACGAUACCGUCCGUGACGGCGCCCACCUGAAAGACACCGACUUCAACGACAAAAAAACCGACAACAUCAGCACCGGCAACAACAAUGCUCCAACGAACUCUGCCGGCACCCACUGUGGCCAUUGCUCCAAGCCAGCGACCCUUCAGUGCGCCGGAUGCCGUAAUAUCAAGUACUGCAACACUCAUUGUCAAAAGCAAGACUGGCGCAUGCAUAAGAGUCUCUGCAAGACCUUCGCCGACUUCACUACCUCACCCGGCCGCGGCUUUCGUCGAGUGAUCGUGCUCCCUCGUGACUCCAACGAGCCGCGCUUCGCUUGGAUGGAGACCUGGGUCGGUGAGCCAGAGGACGAUGAGGACUACGACUCCGAAGACGAGGGCGAAAUUGACGAGGAGAGCGGCUUGCCCGAGUUCGACCCCGAGCGUGGCUCUGAACUCGGCUACCCUGCCGACCUCUUCAACUUCAGCUUCCGAUCCUACAACGAGAUCAUCGCCGGCAAGAUCGGCGGCGGCGAGCAUCUCGACCACUGUAUUGCGGUGUAUCUCGAAGAGAACCACGGCUACCCGGUCAACCAGUGUCUCGACUUUCUGACUCAUGGUAAGGCGGCGAGGGAGCUCGGGCUUGCUGGUAAGGGCCUGCUCGUCAUCUACUGCACUUCGAAAUGCAUGCAGCCGAAGUUUGUGAGGGACGCGAAUUGCUCUGAUCUGAGGCUAGGGAUUAGCGGGUGGUUUGAGUAUAACAUAUUGCAUGCUUCCAGGAAGUGGUAG